CAGAGGCACCGCUGGAACACCAAUGAGGAAAUCGCAGCGAUUCUCAUCAGCUUCGACAAGCAUUCCGAAUGGCAGUCGAAGGAAGUCAAAAUACGGCCAAAAAGCGGCUCAAUGCUGCUGUACAGCCGAAAGAAGGUGCGCUACCGACGGGACGGCUACUGCUGGAAGAAACGGAAAGACGGGAAGACCACCAGGGAAGACCAUAUGAAACUGAAGGUCCAGGGGACUGAGUGCAUCUACGGUUGCUACGUGCACUCGGCGAUACUGCCCACUUUCCACAGGCGGUGCUACUGGUUGUUGCAGAAUCCCGACAUAGUGCUGGUACACUAUUUGAACGUGCCGUACCCUGAUGAUAAUAAACUGGCGACGGUGGCGCCAUCUCUGGCGCUGUGGGCGGAUAAGAAGGAGUGGACGAAAGAUGAACUUGUCAGUCAACUCAAGCCUAUGUUCUUCAGCGAAGAUGAGCCCGACAUUAACAGCGAACUGGAAAUCACAGGCAAAAUGUUUCAGACGGCGGAAACGGUGGAGGCCAUCGUCGGGCAGCUGAUGGAGAAGCAGCGAGCCGCGCGGGCGGCGGCCCUGGCGAGACAGCUCGAGUGCGGCUGCCCCGACUCCACCUGCCAAGACUCAAGAACAUGCGCCCACCCGCUCCGCAGGAUCCAAUCCACCAAAGCGCCCGCCUCAGAUCACCACGUAUCUUCCACCACCGGACCUUCCACGAGACCCAUGUCACACCCCCCUCGACAAUACACCAGAGAACAUAGAUCGACCCAACCGACACACAGCGCCUCCCCUCUCCUUCUGUCACUAGGACAAAUACAAGGAGGCGGAGGCUUAUUAAUAUUAAACGGAGCCGGCAACAGCAGUCAACAACAUUCCUCACUAGUCUCGCCGCUAUCUGUGACCUCAUUCGUCUGCGAAGAACCCAGGGACAGGUAUCGGCAUCAGUACAAACCAACCUUUGUGCUGAAAAGAGAGGUCCCAGACAGCCAGCCAUCUUCGUGCGUCCAGAACACUGAAUCUUCAACAUACGAAGUAGAACCCGUUGAAGAGAAAGUGAAUAUAGAAACUUUUGAUAGGAAAAUUAAAAUGGAGCCGCGGAGUAGAAAUCAAAUGAUCGCAAGUGCUCCGGCGACCCCUUCGAGAUAUCCAGAUUUAGUGGAGCGACUAGAAAGUAAAAUACUUACUGAUAACUGUGAUGAUACGUUAGUACUGCUCGGCACAGAUGGACAUUUAGGUCCUUCGAGCGCAUUUUUUGAUGAAACGCUAGAACUGUCUCAUGAAGACAUACAGAAAACCUUAUCAGCCAAUAUGCCUACUUGUGAACUAGAUAGAAGCGCUGUGAGAGUGACCGAGACUGCUAAUGUAAUGGUAUCAGGUAUCGAUACUAUGGAUUUUAUAGAGAGUUGUGAGGCUGUCGCAUCCCCGACUCAUGUCGUGGAUGAUAAUGUGUUCGUAAAUUUGGAUGCUUUUGAUAUGUUAGGAGACUUCCCUGAGCUGGAAGUUUUGGACCCUAGUACGAUAUCGACUCACCCUUUGUCGAUACGUGGUAAAUCCCCUCCAACCGAAGAAGCCAACGAGAAAAUGCAGACUGAAACCAGUGAAGGGGCGCUAAGCAUCACCGAUUAUUGCCCGGAAUGGGCGUACCCUGAAGGCGGAGUGAAGGUGCUCGUCGCGGGACCGUGGACUGACACUUCGGAUCAGUACACUGUGUUGUUCGACAAUUUUCCUGUACCGUCGAUACUCGUGCAGAAUGGACUGCUGAGGUGCUAUUGUCCAGCACACGAAGCCGGCCUAGCAGCGCUCCAAGUGGCCCGCGGAGGCCGAGUGGUGUCCGACACAGUCGUCUUCGAGUACAAAGCGGGUCCGGCCACGGCGCCGUCGCCUGCGUCCGCCCCGCUGCCGUCGCUGGACUUUAGGCGGUUUUCGCUGCUGCAGCGCUUGCAGCGGCUGCAUGGGAGGCUGCAGGUGAAGAUUGAGCCGAUGGAUGAUGGAAAUCAAAUAGAAGACGUCCAGCUAUACUCCAACCCGAAGUUCGAAGAGCGUCUCGUCUCCUUCUGCCGGAACCUGAGCACCCGUUCCUCCGGCAACUCCGAGGGUUUCACCACGGAGCCUGGCGAAGAGGGUUCUACCAUUCUGCACCUGUCUGCGGCCCUGGGCUUCACGAAGCUGACGACAGUGCUGCUGCGGUGGAAGCAGGAUGAUGCAAGUCUGGCGCUGGAGAAGGAGGUUAACCUGGGGGCGAGGGAUAGUGAGAACUGUACGCCUUUGAUGGUAGCAAGCGCAGCAGGCCACGUCGAAACAGCUAUCGUCCUAGCAAGAUGGAGUGCAGGGACUUUAUGUGAGGCUGGUGCGAGACAGGCGGCGGCGGCGGCGCGACGAGCUGGACACAACAGGCUGGCGGCCUUGCUGGAUCGGAUACACCCGCCGACUAGGGAUGGCGUCUUCCUUAGACCUGAUAGUUUAUCACAAAAGGGUCGUGCUGGCAGUUUGGAGAGCAAUUUAGUAAAACGGCCGUCCAUCGACAGCGGAAUAAACAUGGCCGACGCGUUCAGAUCCAGUUCAGCUAUCGACAAGCCUGAUGGCAAAUCUACUGCCAGAUGGGAACGCAGCAUGUCCUUACCUCUAGACUCGGAUAACUCGGAGGACAGUCUGUUAGACUCCAAGAUCGGUCGCCGAAUGGACCUAGCCCUUUGGGAGCAGGAUGACCGGGUGUUCACGCUGGCAGAGCAGAUUAUAGCGGCGAUGCCGGAAAGGAUAAAGAAUGAGAGCUCCUCAUUGCUCGGCUGCGGCCUGGACGGUGGUACCGGCGGCGGUGAAGACACGCUGAUGGUGCCCUUGCUGGACGACACCACUAACUUCAGCAGCGACUUUAGUUUUGAGUUCUGCGAUAACACAUACAGGACAUACUGUGGCGGCUCAACCCCUUGCUCGUCCGGUUCCGUGUCGCCAGGCUCCGCUCUGUCCCCCCCACCGCCUUCCCCCCGAGCGCCUUCGCUGCCAACAGCACCUUCAGCGACACUACAGGAGUUCCUGAAUGCUACCACACAUUUCUCUAGUCUUACUUUAAACGAUCGCGAGCAACGAGAGCUGUACUCGGCAGCCAUCACAAUCCAGAAAGCAUAUCGCCAGUACCGCGGCCGGCAGUUGCAACGGCGGGCCGCCGCCGCUGCAAUCACGAUACAGAACUGUUAUAGGCGGUACAAACAGUUCGCGUACCUGAAACAAAUGCACUGCGCAGCGACCGUCAUACAGAGGGGUUACCGCUCACACCGCGAGCGUCGUCUCGCUCACCAAUCCAAUGCUACUAUAAAAAGGACUUACUCUCAACGGAGGCAGAAUCAGGCAGCUAGGAAGAUACAACAGUUCAUGAGGCAGUCAAAAAUCAAAUUGCAGAACGCGCGAGCAGAAAACGGGAGGGUGGUCCUGCGAUCGCCGGAUGCCCACCAAAACUUUCUGCAGCACACCACCAAUAUACGCACGCCCAAUAGGAUAGUGGACUACCUGGCACCAAAGUCGCCAAUGGACGCCGACGAUGAUCUGCUACUUGAGCUUCUGUUCAAAAUGUGACCUGACCUACGAUACCGACCCUUGUGUUUCACUCUAAUUUCAAACUCAUGUACUUAGAUUAACAUAUUUUAUAAACGGUAUUCGGACGACAUUUAGUUUAGUUGUCUCUUCUUUACUGCUUUCGUCUUUGACAUGAUUUUAAUCAUCAACUGAAUCAAUUUGAAAACAGGUUUCUUCUAAGUGUUGUGAAAGACUUCAGGCCUUGUCUUUUGAAAUUUUAAGAUUAUCUUUUACAUUUGUAAUUGUAAAGCUAAAGCUUUUUCAGCACCAUCCUAUCUUUUUUUGUUAAAUUUAUUUUUGAAUUCAAUAGUUGAGAUAAUAUUAAUAGUAAUGGAAUCAAAUUCUUUUCUCAUAUCAAAUGUGAAAAGGAAUGAAACAUACUUGCAUUACUACUGAUAGUUUCUAACUGCCAAAAGACCCAUUUUUCCUAAAAUAAUGACUUGUUCAGAGUUUGGAUUUAAAAGUUUCGUUUCAUUUUAAACUCUUCAGGUCAUAGACAGGGUUAUAUUUAGUAUAAAUUUUAUCGUAUUUGUAUUAUAUUUUCAUAACGUAUUUUUGAGACAUUUGUUUAGGAAUCAUAUUUUUGAAAACUCUAAAUUGAAUGUAAUAGGUUACUUAGGUCAUCAGUAUAUUGGCUAAUUUUUCAUAAAAAAUUGAAUCUACGUACUACGGUUAUGUUUUCAGUUGUGUACGUUUUGUGCAAAAUGCGCAAGUUUGUUAUAAUUAUGAUAAAUUAUUAUUUAUUUUUCGUUUAAAAACUUCACAAUUUGAAUUAUCGACUCCAUUUUGAUAAAAUUCAUUGUGGAGUUCAAACGUGUAGGCUAAGUACAAAUUCAAAUUAUUAAAAAGCCACUGUUCUUAUAAAGUAGUUGCACCUAGCGAAUAAUACAAUAAACCCGAUGAGCUGUGAGUAUUUUGAGAUUUUAUCGUAUUUAAGAAAAAUAAAAAAAUAAUUAUGCAGUUAGUUUGACUAUUGGUCGAAGUUUACCCUAUAGGUUUCAUUCCAGCCUAAAUAGGUUAUAUCUCUUUUAGUCUACGCAGUUACGCCUUAGACAUCAUCGAACACGAUCUCUGCAUUCUUAAAACAUUCCGAUAGAUUAGAUCUAACUCUUACGAAAGCUUAACUUCGUCGAUAAAUUCACUGAGACCUACCGUCGCGUUAUUUUAACAUUGUUUUAUUCAUGAAUUGUUGUUAUUUGAACAGACUGUUUAACUUCGUUAAGUUUGUCAAUUUCCCUAUCCCCAGUUCCUAAUAAAAUUUCUCUUCAUAGUUCUGAAGAAUCUUGAUCUUUCUACAAUAAGUUCAUUAGAUAGUCCUUGGUUUUAGAUCCUUCUUAAAGCUAAACGCCAUAUUUAUCUAGCGUUCAUGAAAAAUAAGGUUGUGCACCAUUUAAAUAUAGAAUAAACUACCUAAAUAUUCCCUUUUUUGAAUUCUCUGAUAUUUUAAUGUAGUAUUAUAGUUUAGACUAAGAUUUAGGAGUAACCAUAGCUUAGCCUUAAGUCGACGAGCGCCCGUCGAAAUAUUUUCGAUUCGUAUUUUUAUAAAGCAAAAGUUACGAACGACUACGAUUGCUUUGCUUGUGCAGGGCCAUGGAUAAGACGAAUUCUGGAUUACGUUACAUCUUUCAGUUUCAUUCUAAAUUCUCUAAUUAGAUUUUGUUCUAGAUCUUCAAAUAAGACAAAGUUUACAUUAAUUCAUUUGAACUAUCAUAACGACAUUUUUCCUAUGACUGUUAACUUUCUUGUCAGAUUUGAAUUACUUCAAAAUAUAAUUAGGAGGCCCAGUGUUAAUAGAAUUUCUAUCUUACUCUUGACAGUAUUGAAAUCUAUAGUCAUCCUUCACAUCUAACUUUUAAUAGACUUUCAGAUUGUAUUUUUCAAACUUGUUCGGAGUAAGUGAGUGAUUUCAUUUAAAUAAUAAUAAUGAAUGUCGCAGAAUGAGAAUAACCGUCCAGUUGAGGCGGCUUUUGCACCCUCUGGUAGCGUAAUGGCAAAAGUCGCAUUACGGCAAGAAGCGAAAACGACAUUGUUGGCAGUGAUAAUAGGGGCGCGAUUCGCUUGCAAGGUUUGGGGCACCCGAGGGCGCACGAAUACAACGUGUAUAUUUUAUAUUUUUGGAUCGCUAAUUUUAAGAUGUUAUAUUUAUAUAUGUAUAUGUAGUAAUGGCGGAUACAAAACCAGUAUUUCGAAUAGUAUUGCGCCAAAAGUUUUGAUGUAUUAAUUUUCCAUAAAAGUUAUUCUCUCAUUAUGAUUUUCAACGGAUAAAUAGUUCGUUUAGCUAGUGGUCAUGCGUAUAUAUUUUUGGAUAGCGUGCACGAUUGCUUCAGGAGCGCUGAUGAUAUUAAUAGAAAAAGAGGGAAAAUAAACGAAAAAAAGUAUUUUUAACGAUAACGCAAACCUCUGAAAGCAAUAAUAUUUUUGUGGUGGAAUUAACUCGUGAUGUAGACAGAGACAGUAUUUUAUUAUCCACGCGAUCGUCACAAUACAGUUUAUAUAGAAUGCUUCUUAGUGCCGUCGUAAGCCGUGCUUCAUCAACUGUGUCUAUAUUAGUUUCUACGUCAUACAAAGCAAUAUUCAUAGCCUUAUUAUUAAAUCCAGGUUUAAAGUGUUCAUUAGUAAUUACUUUAAGUCUUUAUUCUUUAACAUGUACAGAAAAGUAAUUCAAUCAUAUCUUUUUGUGUGUAACACGUAUGUGUGCUUUAAUGGAUGGACUAUCAUGGAAGGAAUCAAUGUUAUAUUCCAUAUGUAUUGGAACUUUGCUGACUAUCCUCCGGUCGCUAUUUUUCAUAUGGCGAUUUUGACAAGAGUAAUUUCUAAAGCACCCGUACAAAGCUACACAAAAACCGAUUGCUCAUAAAACAAGUUGAUGAAACACUCUUACGACAAGCCUUAGUCAUUGACCACAGCUAAAACAUAGUGCACUAGAAGUAGACAUAGUUAGAUAAAUUAUAACUUAUAUAUGAGAAAGAAAAAUCUUGGAAUCUAUACAUAGUAUUUAAAUUAAAAGUUUAAACUAAUACUUUUUAUUACUAAAUUAUAAGAAGCUUGUUCACACAUUUUAACUUCGUAUAUAGUAAGUAUUCUAAGACUACGAUUCAUGAUAGAAGUGUUACUAAAGGUUUGAAAUGAGAGACUUAGUGAGACUACAGUUGGUUAUAAAUUUAGUUUAUGGUGGGCCGUAGAUUUAGCUAUUAAAUUUAAACACGUUUGCCAAAGGCUUUACUUACUUACAUCAAAAUAUGUUAAGAGUGUUAAUACUCUAAAAAUAGAUAUUUUUCUGCGUACUGAAAAAAGUUAUCGAAAAAUAAACACUGAUUGACUUUUGGAAAGAAAUGUCAAAGAAAGUUACGAAGUGAAUGUUGUAAAUCAGAAAAAUACUUUUAAAUAUAAACGUGAUAUUUUGUUAUAAUAAUUAUACGUCAGUUUUUGCUUCAUAUUGGAAUAAUAUUACCAAAUUAUUAUUCUGAGAAUGUGUUAAAGUUACAUUAUGUCUAUGUUUUAAAGCCAUUGUAUGCGCAGAAUAUUUUCGCAUUAUUGCUGUUGCAUUCGUUUUUAAAUAUAUGACGCUUCGCCAAAAAGAUACCUACUGCAGUUUUUUCUUCAUCUUCAAAUAGUCCAAAGUUGUUUUUUUUUAUAGAAUAGUGAGAUAGAAUUUUAUCUUGAGAAUUAUAAACACACCUACCUAAAAUAAAACCCCUUCAAAUAAAAAAAAAUUAAAAAUAAACACACACAUUAAAAUCUUUGUUGGUGAAGUGCAUAUCGUGCUUUCUGUUGAAAACGAGCCUGCCUAAAAUAUAUUGCAUAUCACUUAGAUAAGUUAUAACUUAUUAAAAAAAUUAUGACACUGCGUAUUAGCUGUAAUUUUGUUUAUGAAAUGCUAGACCACUAGUUUGUUUCAUAUUACUUAGCUUCAGAAAUACGGGUUGUAACGUAACUUUGAAAGCAAUUGUAAGAUAUUAGAUGAAAAUUAUGUUAGUAAUAUUAUUUACUUUUAAGUGUAGUUUAUUAAGAAAUUUUGUAUUGGUAAACGAAGCACAGCUUCUGUAGUGUAUAUUUUUCAGAAUUAAUCAUAAGUUUAAUUUAUUUAUUAUGCAAUUUUGGCAAAUUAAAGUUGGUUACAACCCUUCUAGUGUAGUGUUAUCGCUUGAAACAUUUUUUAUAUUGUAGCAUGUAAUAUAUUUGAUAGCAAAUUUUAUGAUGUUGUUUUUUGACGUAAAGUUUGGUUACGCAUUAUGAAGCGUUUCAACUGAGCUUUUAUUUUAAAAGUAGCAAAUGUUGAAAUUAAAUAUACUAACGCAAAAAAAAUUAAUAUUAAGAUAACAUACAAUAAUGUAAUAGACGCUAAUAUAGCGUCAGUUGAUGAUGGUUUUGAAGUGAAUGAAGAUGUAGAUGGAAUUUUUGCGUUAGUAUGAUUUGCUUCAAUUGUAGCAAAUGUAAGUAAAAUGUAACUGCCAGUUUCAAGGUUUCUAAAACACCAAGUAUGAAUGAAUCUCUUUGUAGAGAUUGUGAAUUGUCCAAAUUGAAUGAUUAAAUUAAAAUAUUUCUCUUGAUAUAAAAACGUUUGGAAGGUUUAGGAAUGACUAAGAACGCUUUUUGGCAGACUUCUAUUUCUAUAAAAUGUUUGAAAAGUUUGUAUUGAACAUAUAGAUUUUCUUUUGAAAACAUAAAGUUAGCAGUUUUACUUACACUCGUAAUAUCUUGUAAUUUCAGCUGAGCUAUUUCAUUUAGCUCUUUUAGCAUGCUCGUGUAUCUAGUGUCAAUUAUUUAUAUCAGAUUUGUACUUGCUAAAUUGACUUUUUUCUCGAUAUAUAUCGUGACUUUGAUAAUAUAUAUUAUUAAAUUCAUCAUUAGCGUUUAUAGUAUGCUGAGAAUGUCUUUUACCAUUACGUUUUAGAAAAUAGCAAAUUGUCAAGCAUUUAUGUUUAUUUUACUAUAGAUAUCACCACCAGUUUUCUUCAUGUAGUUGCAGAACAUAGCUAAGUAUAUAGAAAAAACUAGAUUCUUGGCAAAAAUAUCUAAUGACACGAUUUUUGCAGUGUUGUUCUUUGUGAGUACAACAUUCGCUGUUAAGACAAUAUCCUUAAAAUUUUGCUAAGAAAGUCAUGCCAUAGUAUUAAUAAUUCUGAUUUGUGAAUACGUAAGAUUCUUUCUAGACAUCCUAAGUUCAAUUGUGAUCAUAUAAGCAAUUAAAGUUACCAAAUAUGAAAUUUAAGUCACUAUAUAUAGGGAUAUUUGUUUGUUUUAGUUACUGCUGUUAUUAGACUGCUAUAUGAGAAUUUAUUAUUGGAAGGGAGAGUUCGAGAAGUUGAUCUGGGAUGAAGUGUACUUUGAUCAAAAAUAAUCUUCCUUUGUAAUUAUUAUAAUCUAUAAACACUACGAAAUUGUGAUUCAAAGCAAUUUAAAAUAUUACUGCUGAUUAUA